CGUCUCCGCCCAAAUUCCACCAAACGCAAGAACGGCUCUCUCUCUCUCUCUCACACACACACACACACCCACACACCCACAACCACGCAUUCAUGGGGAUCCCGGCGGAAGCCCAGCAGGAAGAAAAGGUGUCCACUGUGGAGAAGCGCUGGACUCUCAAUGAUUUUGACAUUGGAAAGCCUCUUGGACGAGGGAAGUUUGGUCAUGUUUAUUUGGCGAGAGAAAAGAAGAGUAAUCAUAUUGUGGCAUUGAAAGUUCUCUUCAAAAGCCAGCUUAAACAGUCUCAAGUUGAGCAUCAGUUGCGUCGUGAAGUAGAAAUACAGAGCCACCUCCGGCACCCAAAUAUAUUGCGUUUAUAUGGUUACUUCUAUGAUCAGACUCGUGUUUAUUUGAUACUAGAAUACGCAGCAAAAGGUGAGCUUUACAAAGAAUUGCAGAAAUGCAAAUACUUCAGUGAAAGGCGAGCUGCAACUUACAUUGCGUCAUUGGCGCGGGCCUUAAUCUACUUGCAUGGGAAGCAUGUUAUACACAGAGAUAUCAAACCAGAGAACCUUCUGAUUGGUGUCCAGGGCGAGUUGAAAAUUGCAGAUUUUGGGUGGUCUGUUCACACAUUUAAUCGCAGGCGCACCAUGUGUGGGACAUUGGAUUACCUUCCGCCUGAAAUGGUGGAAAGUGUAGAACAUGAUGCUAAUGUGGACAUUUGGAGCUUGGGCAUCUUAUGCUAUGAGUUCCUGUAUGGAGUUCCACCAUUUGAGGCAAAGGAACAUUCAGAUACAUACAGAAGGAUCAUCAAAGUUGAUCUGAAGUUUCCCCCAAAACCACUGGUUGCUUCUGCGGCAAAAGACCUCAUUAGCCAGAUGCUUGUCAAAGAGUCCUCGCGCCGUCUUCCACUUCACAAGUUGCUUGAGCAUCCAUGGAUAGUCCAGAAUGCAGAUCCAUCAGGCAUCUAUAGAGGGUAACAAAAGAUGGACAAUCCCCCCAGGUGUAUGGGGAGCCACCCAAAAUACACUGCCUAAUAACUUUGGAGGAAAUUUGUGGAUCAAAAUUCAUUGAUUGUAUGUAAAUUUAGCUCAUGUUGUCUCUGCAAGUAUUCAGGUUGAGCAUCUGAAUGAUAGGAACAUUGUGGACAUCCUGGAGUGGCAAGCCUCUUGUCUGAGAAAGUGAUAUACAUUUUGCAGUAGACUGAGAGUGAUAAAGUUGGGAGUUAAAACAGUGAGCUUACUUGUAUUUUAUAUGGCAGUUGAUUUCUAUGCUUGUAUGUUUAGAGAUUUGUUCCA